UAUGCGUUCACAAAAUUUUUAUUCCAGGAAGUAGUGUAACUUCAACGAAGUUCUUCGAAACACUGAAAGAUGUCGCCACUUGCCAAGACUUUGCUCAUCGGAACCAAUCACAAUGGAACAGCCUGUGAUUUGGUAUUAAUGUCCACUGUGUUUCUAAUGGACUUAUCAGUAUUCAUUUGUGAUUAUCACCGUUUUUACAGAUCGAUAAUAAUUAGUAAGGCGUAAAACGAAGUUACUUGUGUAGUACAUAAUGUCCGAAGUAAUUUGCGUUUAGAAGUAGGACGUACGUGAUUUUCAGUGUAAUUUGGUUAUUUUAGUGCAUAGUUUCCUGGUGCUGGAGGACGAAGAUGAAUAACAGAAAAGCUCGGAACCCAGAAUUGGAAGCUAUGAGGAAAACAGCAAAGGAAAAGGCAGUAGAAAGUUUACCAAAUUUGGAACACCGUAUUGCUGAACUGCAGACAAAAACAUCAAGGCUUCAUUCAGCCUUUCUCUUUGAUGAUUCACAUGGAUUGAUGACACUUCAGAUGUUGUGCCGUUGUCUGAGUUCUACCAGGAACUCGUUGAAUUUUGCUGGAUGGGAGGAAUUUGGCAUUCAUCUUGGAUUAAAUCCUUUAGUGAUAGAGUGUAUAAAGCAUAGUUUCACUUCGCAAGAUCCGACUUACUACAUCUUACUGGCAUUUGUGCAACAUGAAGAUGCCACAUUAAAUAAGGUUGUUGAUGCAUUGAAGGAAAUGGGAAGACUCGAUGUUAUUAACAGGACAAUUAAUCUUAUGUCAGGUUUGGCAGAUGAUGUCAUGGGAAGUCAUACAAACAAUGAAGAAAGUGGUUAUUUUUCUAUAUCUGAUGGUCAUUCAGACAGUUUGAGCGAUACAGAAGUUAGCAACAGGAGCAGCAUCAUCCGACCUCUUAGCAUUCCAUCUGCUCCCUUCAUAUUUCGAGAGAUUGUUUCCCAGCGUUUUAUAUCUCAGCCACAUACAGCAAUUCAGACUGGAAAUUUUGAAGAGGAAAACUACCAAACUGCAGUUGCCAUUAGAUCCAGACCAACGGUGCAGUAUGCCUGUAAAGUCCUGUUAACAUUUGCUUCUGAUGGCUUGGACACAGCACAGCAAAUUGCGAGAGAAUUUCGUAAGAAGAGGGAAAACUUGCUUCACAUUGGAGUAGUAAUUUUGAAUGAGCAUUCAGAUCUUGUGAAUAAUAACCCUGAACAGUUCAUUUCAGCUUGCUUUCAUCAGGUGGACUAUGUCGUUCCAAUCAUCACAGAGAACUACCUUAAAGCCAUUGCUACCAGAGAUAAUAGGAUAGAUAGUUCAAUGCUGUGCAUGGACCCCAAAUACGUCAAAUACAUCUACACCUUGAUGAGCACAUAUUAUUUGAGAAAUGGAUGCAUCAAUGAUAAGAUAAGGUGUGUUGUGCCAGACAGUUCGGUGCAUUUAACACAAAACCAUCCUGUCAUGAUUAGACCACUAUUUCAGGUUUGGGUACGUGCAAGUGAGGUGGAACAGUUGAGUUGUCGAUUGCUUCAAUAUAGAUUUUGAGAAUAGCAUGAGGCAGUGAGCAUUGAAGUACUGGUGUGUAAAGUAAUAUGCUUAUAAGUUGUUCUUGUUUUGCUUAGUAUGAUUUGUACAGUGUGCUUUUGGUAAAAAUGUACAUAGGGAUUUUAUUUUGUUUUAUAUUUUCACUCCACACCUGAAGUGUUGGAAAUAAGUUGCUUCAAAAGCAUAAUUAGAAUUAUAGUGGAAAUUAAAAAUUUCAGCUUGAGUAGUAUCAUAAUAUUAUUUUGUCACCCUCAGAAGGGACCUUUGCAAAACUCCUUAAAAUUGAGAAACGGAGUUUCUCAUGCUGUUUAAUAGCUAAGAUCCUGACUGAAGUGUCGGAAAACCUUUAAACUCCCAUUAUCUUUCUUGAAGGUGCCAGUUUUUCUUGUUGAUGACAGUCUUUUUAAUUAAAAUAUGCCUAUAAUGGUGUAUAAUGUUUACGAUUUUAUUCCUAACUGCCAUAGAAGAAGGGGUAAUAAAAGUUUCAGAAUCUUA